AUGGAUCCCACAACAGAGCGCAAGUAUGUGCGCCAAAUCGUGCGGCAGGUGCACCCCGACCUCUUCUCCGCCUAUCCCUAUGAGCGGGCCAAGAACUCGGAGGCGCUGAAGGCCCUCAACGUAUAUGCCGACCAGCUGUCGCAGGGGCUGCGCCCGCAGGCGGCGAAGCUCACCUUUUUCGUGCGGCAGGAGUCGGAGGACGAAGCCCUGGGCCAGAUAUCUGCGGAGCUGCCCUCCUACGGCUCCCUGGGUCCCCUCUUCUUCGCCUUCGGCCUGAUCAGCGAGGAGGAGCUGAAGCAGGGCGCCGGCGCAGUCAGCAGCGCCGACGACCGCGACCUGGCCGCCUGGCUGCGCGAGACUGUGGACGAGGCUGUGCGGUGCGACUGCCCCCCCUCCCACCUCCUCGACUUCCUCUGCUCCUCUGCGGGCCUCAGCGCCAACGAGACGGCGGCGCAGGUGGCGGGGAGCCGGGAGGAGGAGGAGGCGCUCCUGGCGGCGGUCAGGGAGGCGCUGGGCGCCAAGCACGACAAGGUUCUGAGCGCGGCGCGGCGCCUGCUGGACUGCGCGCCCGCCAUCCGCCAGGCGGGCGUGGACCUGUCGGGCGCCAGCCUGGCAAUCGACGACUGCUACGAGCUCUGGGACUCGGGUGGGCGUCGUUUUGUGCUGUGUGGUGUGGUGCUGGUGGCCUUUAGCUGGGGCGGGCUUCGGGUGCGCGCGCAGACGGCGGGCGGCUUCAUCUCCAUCCCUCAUGACUUCAACCUGUCAGACCUGCAGCCCAAGCUGCAGGCACUGCUGAGCAGCGGCGCCGCCGCCAGCGGCGCCAGCGGCGCCAACGGCGCUGCCGCGGCGGCGGGCGCCGGCGGCAGCGGCGCCUAUGGUACCAACAGCGCCAGCGGCGCCAACGGCGGCGGCUAUGGCGCCUUCAACGGCAGCGGGGAGGGCGCCGCCACGGCGCCAGGCGAGUUUUACGCCGGCCAGUUCAAUGGCGGCCCGGUGCGGGCGGCAGGCGGCGGCCGGGCGCCCGCCGCGGCGGCGGGAGCCUCGCUGUGCGGCCGGCGGCUGCCGCUGCGGCAGCAGGGGCGCGGCGCGGGGCUGCAGCGGCGGCUGGCUGCCGCGGGCCCGCGCGCCAGGCAGCCGGCGGCCGGCCUCCGGCUGCUGUGA